AUGUUCAAUAGGAAUCAUAAGCAAAAAUGGGCCACAACAAGAUGUCGAUCAGUAGUCGACCUUCCUACUGCCAAGGAGAACAGAGAGCCCCUCAGUUCAGAUAUCGAUGCUGAUCGCUUACAUUAUGAAGACAUCCCGAACGAACAGCAAAAUCGAGCUCGACAGAAUAUUUUGGAGAACAACAUAGUGAACCGACCACAACGCUCCCGCUCGUCUAAUGUGCGGCGCUCAAGCAUCAAGGAGGAUCUGAAACGUUUGUGGGGUAGCAGACCGUCAUUAACGCUUUUCAACCGCACUACCCGUGUUUCAAAUGAUGAACACGAAGGCAGAAAUGGAAGAAGAGUAGUUGAAGGAGACGGUAUAAGUGAUGAUAAUGCUUCUAUCAAUAGUGAUCUAGAGACGAUGCCUGCAUUUUUUAUCGUUGAUCGAAGCCUCGUGAGGACUCCAAAGCCCACUAAACCUUUCAAGUUUUUUAGAAAAAAGGACAAUGACUGA